ACAGCGAAUUUGCUUUGCUUUACUGCAUAUUAUCUCGGACAUUAUCCAGAUGUGAAACGACGAUUACGUCAAGAAUUUGAUGAAAUUCUUGGAAGUGAUUUUACAAAAUCCAUAACAAGUAAAGAUCUUGAUGGACUAGAAUAUUGCGAAGCAGUUAUCAAAGAAGUGUAUCGUCUUACUCCUAUAGCUUUUUUGGUUGGUCGUGUAAAUGUUGAAAAGGAUACAGUUGGAGGAUAUACCUGGCCAGAAGAAACCCAAUUUCAGAUACUUUAUUCAGCUAUUAUGAGACGUAAAGAUUAUUGGACUGAUCCUGAAAAAUUUGAUCCCGAUAGAUUCUACAAAGUUGAAGAAAGCGAUAAAUAUUUACCUGAAAAACAACAUAUCAAAACUUCUUACACUUUGUUUGGUGAUGGAAUUAGAAUCUGCCCUGGAAGAAAAUUGGCAAUGAUAGAAUUAAAAUUUUUAUUAUCCUCAAUU